GUACCGAGUAGAAAUGGACUGUACGAUCAAGUCUGCUACUACUCUGAUCAAAACUAUACUUCUUUCUUGUGUUAUUAUGAGUUUUCAUGUUCACAUCAGCUUUUCACAGAUGACUACUGCUUCAAUAAAAGAAGACACCAAUGAUAACAUCACCAUAUUCACCCGAAUACUAGAUGGUCUGCUAGAUGGAUAUGACAACAGAUUGCGACCUGGACUUGGAGAGAGAAUAACCCAAGUAAAAACAGACAUUUAUGUUACAAGCUUUGGACCGGUAUCAGAUACUGAAAUGGAAUAUACCAUUGAUGUGUUUUUCCGUCAGAGCUGGAAAGAUGAGCGGUUGAGUUUUCAGGGACCUAUGCAGCGUCUUCCUCUGAAUAACUUACUGGCCAGUAAAAUUUGGACACCAGAUACAUUUUUCCACAAUGGUAAAAAAUCCAUUGCUCAUAACAUAACUACGCCGAACAAACUGCUACGUCUGGAAGAUGAUGGAACACUACUGUAUACAAUGAGACUGACAAUAUCUGCCGAAUGCCCUAUGCAGCUUGAAGACUUUCCUAUGGACGCACACGCAUGCCCGCUAAAAUUCGGGAGCUAUGCAUAUCCUAAUUCUGAACUAAGGUAUGAGUGGACAAACCUCACAGAAAAAUCAGUUGUGGUGGCACCAGAUGGUUCUCGUCUAAAUCAAUACCAUUUAAUCGGGAAAACUGUAGGAAUGGAAAACAUUAGCACCAGUACAGGUGAAUACACUGUCAUGACAGCACAUUUUCAUUUGAAAAGAAAGAUCGGCUACUUUGUUAUCCAGACAUACCUGCCGUGUAUAAUGACGGUGAUUCUAUCCCAAGUGUCAUUCUGGUUGAACAGAGAGUCGGUCCCAGCUCGGACUGUGUUUGGUGUCACAACAGUGCUAACUAUGACAACUCUGAGCAUCAGUGCAAGGAACUCACUGCCAAAAGUUGCCUAUGCUACAGCAAUGGACUGGUUUAUAGCUGUAUGUUAUGCCUUUGUCUUUUCUGCACUCAUUGAAUUUGCAACUGUGAACUACUUUACCAAGAGAAGUUGGGCCUGGGAUGGAAAAAAGGCACUUGAAGCAGCAAAGAUAAAGAAAAAAGAGCAAGAAUCUUUUGGAAGAAAGCCCAUCAACACAUAUAGUGGAGGAAGAAUAACUUACACAUCAAACAUUUCUAAAGACCUGUCUUCAUCAGUCAUCUCAAAUGCUGCCCCCUUACACAUGAAGGCUGUGGAAGAUAAGUGUCCUGAAACUAAAAAGACUUAUAACAGUGUCAGCAAGAUUGACAAGAUGGCUCGGAUAGUCUUUCCAGUCAUGUUUGGAACUUUCAACUUGGUUUACUGGGCUACAUAUUUGAACAGGGAACCUGUGAUCAAGGGUGCUGCUGCGUCCAAAUCCUCCACAGUGUUGCCAAUACAUAUCUAAGCCAUAUCCUUGCAAUGGACUAUACCAAUGAAAGUUGUACAGUUUGGCUUGGACAAUUGUUUAUUUUUACUUUCUGUGUGGAGCAUUCCAUUUAUUUUUUUCUUCAACAGUCGCUAACUAAAUUUAUGUUUAUAUCUUACCUCAUAUUUGCAAGGGAAGCUUACUAAAACACCAAAAAUCUGUUAAUUUUAAUUUACUUUCAUUUU